UUCUCAUUACGAAAUUCAGAAAUGGACCCAAUUCAAAUUAGGGUUUAAUAGAUCUAAAUGCCAGCAAAAGUUUCAAAAUUUUCUAGCAACGCUUUCAAAUUAUACGAUCGAUCUCGAAGCACUGAGGAAUUAUACCGAAUAGGAGGAGUGGGGGAUCGAUGGCGAGUACUGCGUGCUUUAUGAUUGUCAGCAAAAAUGACAUUCCGAUUUACGAAGCUGAAGUUGGUACCGUACCCAAAAAAGAGGAUGCUGCUCAUCAGCAUCAGUUCAUUUUACAUGCCGCGUUAGAUAUUGUUCAGGACGCGGCGUGGACUACGAGUGCAAUGUUUCUUAAAGCAAUCGACAGAUUCAAUGACUUGGUGGUGUCCGUUUACGUGACUGCUGGUCAUACUCGACUGAUGCUGCUUCAUGAUUCUCGUAAUGAGGAUGGAAUCAAGAGUUUCUUCCAAGAGGUUCAUGAGCUAUAUAUUAAGACUCUUCUUAAUCCUCUCUACCUUCCUGGAAGCCGUGUCACGUCAUCGCAUUUUGAUACAAAAGUUCGAGCCCUUGCUAGGAAAUAUUUGUGAAGCCUGCUCUUAGUUCCUGAUUUCAGGUCUGCUGUUGCACAAAAGGUAUUUCCAGGAACUUCUGUUUCAAUACGACAAUGAGAGAAUUUACAUCAGAUGUAAUUUUUUUGAAGAAUAGUUAUUAGCGCCUUUUGUAAUAUCUAUUUUGUUAAAUCCAGUGCUGAUCUUUUGGUCCUUCAUCGCACUUUUAUCAGUUUGUGUUGUAUGCACUUCAAAUUCCCAGUUAGCUCUCUCUCUCUCUCAACAUUUAAACUCAUUGUUGCCCCGAUACAUGUGUUGUUUAAUGCUGCAUCCAUGUAAUAAAUCACUCUCUCUCUCUUCUU